ACAUUUACCAUAAGCCCCCGCCUAUCAUUGUCAAAGAAAAAGAUGGUGCUUGCUGAUUUGGGAAGGAAGAUAACAACAGCUCUGAGAUCUCUCAGCAAUGCCACUGUCAUCAAUGAAGAGGUCGUACAAGCUAUGCUGAAGGAGAUAUGCACGGCUCUUCUCGAGGCAGACGUUAACGUCAAGCUGGUGGGUCGACUGAGGCAGAAUGUUCGAGAUGCCAUUGAUUUUGAGGAAAUGGCCGCUGGACUUAAUAAGAGGAAAAUCAUCCAGUCAUCAGUUUUUAAUGAGCUCUGCCGAUUAAUCGAUCCUGGUGUUCCUGCUUGGACAGCUACAAAGGGAAAGCAGAAUGUUAUCAUGUUUGUCGGCUUGCAAGGCAGCGGAAAGACGACAACUUGUACAAAACUGGCCUACCACUAUCAGCACAAGGGAUGGAAGACUUGUUUGAUUUGUGCGGACACUUUCAGAGCCGGCGCAUUCGAUCAGCUAAAGCAAAACGCCACUAAAGCUCGCAUCCCCUUUUAUGGGAGCUACACUGAAAUGGAUCCAGUCGUAAUCGCAAUGGAAGGAGUCGAAAAAUUUAAAGCAGAUAAUUUUGAAAUCAUUAUAGUUGACACCAGUGGUCGUCAUAAACAAGAAGAAUCUCUCUUUGAAGAAAUGCUUCAGGUUUCUCAAGCCAUUAAUCCUGAUAAUAUAAUCUAUGUGAUGGAUGCUACUAUUGGUCAAGCAUGUGAAUCACAGGCUAGAGCUUUUAAAGCGAAAGUUGACGUCGCUUCUGUGAUAGUGACAAAGUUAGACGGUCAUGCUAAAGGAGGUGGAGCCUUAUCAGCUGUGGCCGCCACUGAGAGUCCAAUAACUUUUAUUGGCACUGGUGAACACAUUGAUGACUUGGAGCCUUUUAAGACCAAACCAUUUAUUAGUAAACUAUUAGGUAUGGGAGAUAUUCAGGGUCUAGUAGACAAAGUGAGUGAAUUAGGUUUAGAUGAAAAUGAGGAGCUAGUGAAGAAGCUUCAACAUGGUGAGUUUACUUUGAGAGACAUGUAUGAGCAGUUUCAGAAUAUUAUGAAAAUGGGACCGUUUAAUCAAAUCAUGGGAAUGAUCCCAGGAUUCCCGGCCGAUUUCAUGAGCAAAGGAAAUGAAAGAGAGUCCAUGGCUCGACUAAAGAAGCUAAUGACAAUCAUGGACAGCAUGAGCGAUGGUGAGUUAGACCAUCCGAAUGGAGCGAAACUAUUUCAACAGCAACCAGGCCGCUAUGAAAGGGUUGCUAGAGGAUCUGGGACGUCUGUGAAGGAUGUCAAAGACCUCAUGACUCAGUACAGCAAGUUCUCUCAAAUGGUGAAGAAGAUGGGAGGAAUAAAAGGACUCUUUAAAAGUGGAGAUAUUGGAAGGAACGUCAACCCAAACCAAAUGGCAAAAAUCAACCAGCAGAUGGCUAGAAUGAUCGACCCUAGGGUGUUGCAGCAAAUGGGUGGAAUGGGAGGAUUACAGCACAUGAUGAAGCAGUUUCAGCAAGGAGCAGGCCCCAUGCAAAUGCCAAAAGGAAAACGCUGAGCUGGUACUUGUUAAUUAUUUUUUGCUAAUUUAUGUAUAAAUACCACUUGUAUAACAAUCAUUUAUUCUACAUUGUA